CAGCGCCGCCCGCGCGAGGGGGGCAGCCGCCCCAGACAGGUGAUGGGCGUUUCGGCUGCGCUCCGGAUCGACUCCUUGGGUUUCACUUUGGUCUGAUCUAAGCAAAUAUGCAGAAGUACCGGCUGGUCUAGUCCUAAGAGCCAAGAGGAGCGAGCGAGAGCGGCAGAAGGGAGAGCAGCCACGCUCCCGUAGCGAGGGGAACGUACAAACAGCGGCCGCGCCGUCAUUAAGCCACCGCCGCCCCGGGCAGCCCCGACCUACCCUGGAUGCGGAGGACCCCCGAGCCACCCCGCUGCCUUUCCCCUGAGGGAUGGUACUGAAUUCCUGCGCGGCAGGAGCCGGCCUGCAGCCCCUCUCCAUCAGCGUUGCCUUCCCUCCGUGUCUAAAGUGCACUAGACCGCGAUGAGGACCUGGGCUUGCGUUUUGCUGAUAGGUUUUGGGUACCUGUCCUUUACCUUCUGCGAGGAGGCCGAGAUCCCGCAGGAGCUCAUCGAGCGGCUGGCGCACAGCGAGAUCCACAGCAUCCGCGACUUGCAGCGCCUCCUGGAGAUUGACUCCGUAGGAUAUGAUGAUGUUUCAGAAACAAACUUGAGAUCUUACAGUGUUCAUUCUGCUAAACAUGUGCAAGAGAACCGUCCUGUGCCCAUUCGCAGAAAAAGAAGCAUUGAGGAGGCCAUCCCGGCGGUGUGCAAGACGCGGACGGUGAUCUACGAGAUACCUCGGAGCCAGAUCGACCCCACCUCGGCCAACUUCCUGAUAUGGCCGCCCUGCGUGGAGGUGAAGCGCUGCACCGGCUGCUGCAACACCAGCAGCGUCAAGUGCCAGCCCUCCCGGAUACACCACAGGAGUGUCAAGGUGGCAAAAGUGGAGUAUGUUAGAAAAAAGCCAAAAUUAAAAGAAGUUCUGGUGAGAUUAGAAGAGCAUAUGGAAUGCACCUGUACAUCAUCAAAUACUAAUUCAGAUUAUAGAGAAGAAGAAACUGGCGAGGCCGAGGCAUGGAGAAAAGCCUGUGCAAGGUCAUACAGCAAGGCUGUGGCAGAACCAGGGAGAGGACUCAGAUCUGAGUGCUCAUCCAGUGCCCUAAAUCACACGACCAUCUUCCCUUUCCAAGAAUGAAUCCUUGCACCCUUAGAGCUAAAUACUGAAAAGAUUGAGGGUGAAAAAAGGAUCCAGAAGAGAUACUACUUAUAAGGAUCAUUCAGUGACAAAGUAUGUGUUCGCAGAGAAGGCUCAUGCUUAAAUCUUUCAGCAGUUAAUUAUCAUCUUUACAGACCAUAAUACUAGAAUACUUCACUUAUCAAUGCAUCAGGGCUUGGAUGAACUUUGAGACGCAUGAAAACAAGACACUCCUUAGGCCUGUGGUAGCUCUGUGCUCUGGUAACUGAUCAACCAAUUACAUAAUUGGUCAGGUCUCUGCCUUGCAGGAGCAGAUACAACUCCAUUGACUUCUCUGGAUUUGACACUUACCUGAGAACUGACCCGAAACUCUUGCCACGAAGCAGAUAAUGGUUUCAUAUUUUGCUGUUUAGUGUUGUUGUAAAAAUAGACUCAUUUCCUGGAGCAGUUAGAACAAGAAAAUAGGGAAAAGCAAUUUCCCACAGAGACUCAUCCACGCUGGAAUUCAGCGAGGACCCCGGAUGUGAACAUGUGCUGAUAGAAAACAUAAAACAGCAACUUUGUUUAGGGAAGCCUCUGACCUGUCAAAAAUGCAGAGCAUUUCUUACCAGACUUUUCCUUGGCAAUUAGUGGGUAGAAUUACUCAUAGAAAUUGUUUUGUUUGCUUACAAGGGGAGAAGUAAGACAUAAAUUCAAGAUAGCCCCUCUGACCACAAGAAAGACUCUGUUCACAGAGGGCCUGUGGGUAAAGUGCUGUGUGGCCUCAGCUCCCUUUGGGGAUGAACUCAAACUUUUAGACCUCAGUGAAGUAUGAAGGACCCCUCCAGACUUGUUGGAUAUCCCUAGCUGGAAUUUUUUCAUCAGUCUAAGAGACUUGGGCAUCCACUUUUAAUUCAUUUUUACGUAACUUUCAUGAAACACUUGUUGGCUUCAGAACAUCUCUGUCUUUGUUCUGAAGAGAGACUAAUUUGACCCAAUGAUGUUAUUGUGACUUCUGCCUUCCAUGUGCAGGCAACAGCACUCAAACCUUGGUUUUCAGACAUUUCAGAUGCGGAGCCCCUUCACUUCAGCCAUGCUUCACCUUUGCUUAGCACUUUGGCUUUACAUGCAUUUUCUGUGUAAAGGUGGUGCUGGUUUAAUCUGAAAACCAGGGAAGUUUCAAAAGGCCAGAUUUCACCUCUGGGCCUUGCUCAGCUGCUGGUGGAGUCUGUGUGGGGCCAGAGGAGGAGGGAGAGAGGGAGAAGAGAUGCUCCAGCACUUCCAGUGUGGGUGAGGCCUGAGGGCUCACCCCGCAGACAUUUCUUGGCCCAAACUCACCCACUGUAAAGCAUUCUGCUCAGAGGUCUCCUUGAAGCCAGAAAGCUCCUCAGAAACCUAUCCAAGGUUUUUCCACAGCAAAAGUGACAGAAACAUUUAUCCCACAGAGUGGUUUCUCCAACAGGCCGCACAGGAGUCGGACAGGUUGAUGCUCAGCUGCUGUACUUCACUGAUUGCCCCAAAUACUGCCUUUAAAUCAAAGUUUAGUUGCUCUGGGAUAUGUUUCUUGUAGAAGUGCUUCAGAAGAGCUUUACUAGCUUGUACCCAUUUGUUGUGAUGAGCCUCUGGCUCAUCCAGAGUGGUUGGGCCAUGCCUGCUUAGCUAAAGGGUUUUGGGACCUUGCAGCUGGGGUUAGGGAGUGCAAAUGUUUCCCAUUAGCUCCCUGCAUACCCUAAGUUGUGAUUCAUCAAGGGAGACAGUGCAGAGCUGAACUUGAGGCCUGUGAAAUGUUUCUUUGAAGUUACUUGUGCUUAAAGUUAGGCAUGAUCUGAGUUGGCUUGCUGAGCUGAGGCCUGAAGGAGCACAUUGUGCUAACACAGUGCAGUUUAGUCUUUUCCUCUUAAGCAUUGUCCAGAGAGAUGUGAGUUUCAGAAGGGUCUGAAACCUUUCAAUAAACCAUUCCAUAGUAAUGAGGGAGAGCUUUAUUCCGUGGUUUUCUACCAGUCAGCUCAGGUAUACUGGAGAGCCCAGAGCUAAGCUUGCCCUCUCUGGGCCUUCCCCUUCCUUAGUUUCUUCAGAAUGUUUCUUUUCAAAGGCAAGUGGGAAAAAAAAAUCCUAAAAUGGGACCUAAAAAAGGUGGGGAAUUAAGCAGAUCAUAUCAUCUUGAUUCCUUUAUCUCACUUAAUUAAAGAGAAGUUUGCCAAUAGUGAUCUUGUAUUUCCUAAAACAAGCAUAUAUGAAGAACACUUUGAGGAACUUCAAAAGAAUUUUCAGGCUAGAUCAGGAAAAGAUAAAAACAGAAGUGGAAACUUCUAAUACACUUUAUAUUUCAGUACUUACAGGAAGUACAUUGUUGCAUAGGAUACUAAUGAAUUCUGCAGGAGGAGGUUUCCAAAAGAAAAAUGAAAUGGCACCUUCUCUAUCUUAGAGAAAAGGUCUGAGGGCUUUUGCAGUUAUGACAGAUAUGCAGUGGAUAUGUAUGGUCAUAUCACCUGGAGAGAGUCUAUCUCUGGCAAAAAGCGAUUUGGAGUUUCAAGUGUGUACACUAUUGAAUUUCUGUGGCAACUUCCUGGUCUAGCUGUGAAAAGUGAUAAAGGGAAUGGUAAAAGUCUAUCUUGCUUUCAGUUGCCCUGUUCUACACCCCAGAGGACAGAAAUGCUGCCCUGUGUGCAGCUGGGUGCAGGAAGCUUGGCAGGAACACGCUGGAGUGGCUAAGGAUGAACACAUAAAGUUGGUGCUGAUGUUCCCAACCAGGUAGUGAGGCCAGAAAAGUGAAAAUAGCAGCAUGGAUACUCCAAUACACCAGUGACACUUGUCUGGAAAAAUUAUUACUUGACAGAGUCUUAAUUAACUCAAGUGAAGAAGUAAUUCUAAAAUCCCAGUUUUGGAAUCCCAGAGAGUUAAUGCUCUCAGAAAAGAUGUGAUACAGGAUUGCUUCACAUUUGUAAAACACACAGAAGUCACAGGUUAACAGUUUUGUACUGUUUGAAGAGUUCUCUGGUGUCAGCAGAGUCCUCUGUGGUGCCUUGAGAGUGGAGGGUUUGUGCCCCAGGCUCAGCUCAAGUGUUUAAGCCCAAGUAUGAACAUAUUUUAGGCAGCAAGGCAUUUCCAUCAGGACUGAAGUACAUGGACAUUUUUUUCUUGUCUUCAGGCAAGACAUUUAAAGAUGGGUUUAGUUGUUCUUUGUAUCUUCAGGGCCCCAGAUCCUUCUUAGCCUAUGGUCACUGGAAGGCUCUCUGACUGAAAACCCAGAGGCCUUUGCCCUUGUAAAAGUUUCUACUCUUGCUUGGAAGUGAGAUUUGGACUCCUGAGUUACAAAGAUGCUUUAGCAAUUGUUUUAUCUGUCUUUCUGCUUCUUUAUAAAUCAACCUGCUUGGUCUGAACUGAAUGUUUAAAUAAUAAACAGCUAAAAGACUCUCUGAUGGCUUCUUUCUGAGUGUUUCCCUUAGGGAGCCCUUGGGAUCACAUGGCAUCUGCCCUGACCUUAAGAACCUGCUUUCUGGAGGCUUUUUUACAAUGCUAACAAACCUCACAUUUUAACUAGCUGUUAAAUAAGCCAGUCAGUGGUAACUAUUCAGGACAGGGAUUAGGAGAGUAUUCUUGCUGGCAUACAAGAUGGCUCUGUCCAUGUGCUGGCCAGGGAUGAAGGGCUGGAAAACUGUGUGGUGGAAGAGACUAUUAAUGUGAUUUUCCACAACUUUCCUUGCAGCUGCAUUUUUGAGAGGAGAGAGAGAAAGAGAGAUGGCUAGGCUUGCAGUAACAUGUUGUGCCAUCAUAAAUGCUACAGCCACCAUCUGUUUCCAGCCCACGACUUGAAAGAAAACUGAGCAGUAAUCUCAUAAUUCACAUGAGUGUUUUACACUUGUGAACCCUUCCCAACCUUUGUCUAAUAAUGAGGGGAGUGCAUGGUGCUAAGUUUUGUAUUUUUCCUGUACGUAUUAGUGUUUAUUUGUAUGUCUUCUCCUGUUUUGUUGUUUUGUGGGGUUUAAAAAAAAAAAAAAUCACUGGGAGGAAAAUCAGACCAGUUCCACAGUCAAAAGAAACAUAAUAAAGGCAAAAUCCCAAUUCCAUUGAUCCUGCUGGCAAAAUUCUCCAGGAAGAGGUGCAUUUAACAUUCCUCAGAGUGUCUGUCUUAGUUACUUGUUGAUGAAAAGAAAGAGAGACAUUAGCCAGGGAAGAGGCAGGUUGCUGAACUGCCCUUUCCCUGCAGAACCAGAGCUGCUACAAGAGCUGGACAUGUGCAUUUUAAACUGAACCAUCAGGCAGGAUGGUGAUGGAAGGUUGGAUUUUAAUGAAAACAGAUUCUUCUGCUAAUCUUUGCUUGGGGCUGGCCCUGGGCAGGAUUAAGGAUCCCACCUGCUGUGCCAAAGACACGCUCAGGUUGGGGCUGCUGGUGGGUGGGAAGAACACAAACAUCUGAGAGUGGCUCUGCUGAGCAAUCCCAGUCUGUCGUGGUGCAGUGCCCUCAGGGAAGCCAAAGAGUUGAGAUGAUUUAGUUGAUGGAAAUACUGCUCCCCUCCAGACUGCAAAGCUGGAGCAUCAUUAAGGAUUUCUUUCUGGCUGCUCUUCGAAACCAAGGGCUGCUCUGUCUCUGGGCUUCCUCUCACCUUGGACCCUAUUUGCACACCUCCUCCUACCACAGCUGAAUGAACUCCUGCUCUCCUCUGGCCUUAGGAACAAUGGCUUUCAUCAUCUCUACCAGACUGCAGAGCAGUUCAAGGAUGAAAGGGCUUCUCAUUUCAUAUAUCCCACUGCUGCUAGAGCUAUAAAUCAUCGAUGGACUGAAUUUAUAGCCAACUGCUACUGCAAGCAAGUGAAAUUUAUUUUGUGUUGUCAUAUGUAUGGUCAAACUGUCCAAGAAGUUGCCAAACAAAGAACUGGGCUGCUGCUGAGCAACCCAUUCAAUCUAUUCUCAUUUUAUUUAAAAAUAAUAAAUAACUGUCAAUCAAAGGAACUUAUUUUGACAUGUGCUACCUGCUGGGUGAUCUGCAGUAUCUCCAGGAUGUGUCUGUAAGUGGAAGAUAGCUGCUAGCUGUUGCCAGGUCCAGCAGAUAUGACAUGAAGUUCCACCAAGAAAAGGUUUGUGGGCUCAAAAGGAUUGGGGACAGAUUAAGGGCCACCUCCUUUUUUAACAUGAAAAAUUUAAAAUUUUGCUCCCCUGAGAGUGUUUGGUCAGGUAGUCCAGGGGUCACAGUGACUUCUGCUUGAAUCGGUGACAAAUCUCCACUGACCUGUACAGAGCAGGGGCCCUUCUUCUGUCUCCCAGUUUGCAGACAGGUGGAUUGCUGGUGGCUCUCUGGGGUCUGGAAAUGUGGUCUGUGCCUAUUUUGGUGCCUUUUGAUGGCGAUGAGCUAAAAAUGAGAGAGUAGAAACUCUUCAAGCUGCUGGGGUCUGAAUCACAUAUUUCUGUACGAUUUACUUAGAGAGCCAACAAGCCUGGGAGGUUAUUUUUGUGUUUUACCCAGGCUCAUUAAUUAGCUGGGGGGUGUUGGGAGCUGUCAUAUUGAGCAGCCUUUCCCUGCUCACUCCUGUUGUCCUGCUGGAUUCAAUCCCUGCAGCCUCCCACCCCACUGUCUGUAGUUUCUGGCCACAUCUGGAGUGUCUCCCUGCACACGUGCUGGUAGGAGCCUCCUCCCUGCUGGCACACACGUCAUGGCUUUUGGGGUCUGUGGAGUCACAGUCAUCCUUCCCAACAUUUGUUUUUCCAUGAGGGGGAAAGAGAGAAGGGCUACGGGAAGGGCAGUGGCAGGGAAGGCCUUUGACACGAAAUUCCCAGGAACAGGAUUUGCACAUUUUAUGACCGUUCAGAUGGAAAUGCAAUGGAGCUGAAUUAUUCCUCCUUAAUCCUGCUUUCUCACUUUCCUCCCAGCAGCCUCUUCCCCUGCAGUUUAGGUAAUACAGAAGCUUAUAAACAAAUCCCACCGCGUGAAAAAUAGCAAAAGGGAGGGGGGGGGGAAGGGACCUGGGUUAGGGCUGUGAUGGAUAGACAGGUGGAAGGCAGGCACCAGAAGGGAGGAUGAAUGGUAAAAGCCUUUGAUGGAAACACUAAAGAGCUAUUGAAAAUCCAAGGGGUGGGGGGAGGGAGGAGAAAGAAUAGCAGGAGGAGGGAAAGCAAGGGAGUCGUGCCCCCGUCCCCCCGCCCUCUUUCUCAGGAUGUUGAAAGUAUUUGUCCUUCGUUACAAAAUGAUUGAACUGCCGCCAGGCCAGGCCACCCUUCCAGCCAUUGCACUGGGAAACUGGCACUUCUGAAAGCCUCGUCGCCUCUCAAAUUUUAUAGCUUUCCCUUUUUGUGGGAGUUUUUGUGUUGUGCUGUUUGCAGGAUUGUUUUCAGAUUUGCCGCGUAUCAAAGAGAACUAUGUUUUGUUUUUGUUGCUCUGACAAACACAGAAUCCAGGUAAUGAAAAGAAAUAUUAAAAAAAUAAAGGCACAUUUUUAUCAGAAAA